AUGAGUGAAAAAUGCCAGGCGCUCUUACUCGGGCGACCUGAAUCCUACUAUCCUUUCAUUCCAUCCAAGCAUUAUUGUGUUGUUGAGCGUGCAGCGAUAUCAAUGUCGAAAAUGAGCGAUUCUUCAAUGAUCGGUAUGGUCACCGCCAUUUACUUUGGUGUUGGUCUACUUUUAUCAAUCUACCCAUUUUAUGUAAAGGAUAAAGCACUUUGCCGUGUUGCUAUUAUGACUACUGUUACAUGUUGUUGGUUAUUAUGGAUUUUCUGUUUCAUGUCACAAAUGAAUCCAAUGGCAGUACCAGAGCCACAACAACAAAAUGUACCAGAGGGAAAAUAA